AUGGACAGAUUCGAUACUUCCAAAGACCCCCGCUUCAAGCGUGCUCCUCGACAUGUCCGGCGUGUUCAAGUGGAUGGGCGGUUUGCCCGUAUGUUCAAGGACAAGCAGUUCGUCGAAACUCCCCGCGUGGAUGCUCGAGGUCAACGGCUGAGCCGCAAAGCCGGGAGGCAAAAACUCCAGGAGUUCUACGACCUUGCGGGCCUUGAUUCAGAGAAACGAAGCGCAGCAGAGGAGCCCAACACACCCAAUCUGGAAGAUGCAGACGAGGAAGACGAUUCGGAAGAAGCUGAUGAGGAUCAUCAAAGCUCGUCAGCCUGGAAGGUGACACAGGAAGAUGUGCCGAAAGGAGAUGCUACGCGACGGCUCGCUGUCAUGGGUUGCGACUGGGAUCAUGUUGCGGCAGGCGAUCUGAUGGUCAUGUUCCGGACAUAUCUCAGCACUGCGCGGUCCAAGAGCCAAGCUGGCAAUGUAACAAGAAUCAGCGUGUACCCAUCAGACUACGGUCUUCAGCGAGCUGAGCGCGAGGCUGUCGAAGGGCCAUUAAUCGCAGAUGAGAUGCCGAACUCAUCCUUUGACGACGACAACCAAGAGGCGCAACAAGAAGCACUCAGGCGGUACCAGAUGGACCGCACGAAGUACUUUUGGGCCUUGGUUGAGUGCGACUCUGAGUCAACCGCUGCAUGGCUGUACGAUGAAAUGGACGGAAUCGAAGCAGAUGGCAUUUGUCCGGCUACGUUGGACUUGCGCUUCGUGCCCGAGGAGCUGGUGCCUCCACACGAAGCGACCAGUGUCGCAACUGAAAUUCCCAAGAAGUUUUCCGGACCGGCAAUGCUUCGGUCUGCCACCAGACACACGAAGGUGAAGUGCACCUGGGAUGAGGCGCCCCCUCAGCGACGCAAAGAUCUAAUGAAGAAGAGGUUUUCUGCAGCUGAGCUUGCCGACAUGGACCUGCGUGACUAUUUGGCUUCCAGUUCCGACGAAUCUGAGACCAAAGGCGCAGCACAGGAACUGAAGGCAUUGAUUGCCAACAGUGAUUCCGAGGGUGGUGCUGGCGGGAGCAACUCAGAGACUGAGAGCAAGCCCAGCACUGCAGGAAACAUGGAAGCGACCUUCAGUGUGAAGGCCACCAGGCUCGAGGAAGAGCUGGCGGAGCGCGCGCAGAAGCAAGGUGGGCGAGGAGUUCACACCCUGGAGUCGGAGCAGCCCCAAAGUGCUUGGCAAAAAUACUUGGAGAAGCGGAAGGAAAAGAGAAGAGAGAAGAGACUCAAGGUAAAGGAGGAGAGGGCUAAGCUCAAAGAGACCAUCGCGCAAGAAACUGGCAAGGCUACCAAGAAAGGACAGCCUUCUGUGGACGAGUCCAGAGAGUCAGGAGACCUUGAGCUGCUUCUGGAACCGGAGAUGGAGCGAAGCGAGCGCAGCCGAAGCUUUAAUCUCAGAGGUCCACAGAGGCAAGCUCAUGACCACGGUCUGAAGGACGCUGGAGGGGCUUUUCAGAUGGAUGUCCACGAUCGUCGCCUUGAGAAGGUCUUGAGCAGCGCCGACUUCGAGAUUGAUCCAACCAAUCCCGAGUUCCGGAAGUCCGAAGGAAUGUCUGCGCUGCUCCAGGAGAAGCGAAAGCGCAAAAGCGCCAAAAGCACAAAGGCGCCUCUGAAGCAGACGGAAUCCAAGGCUUCCAAGGAGCCUCCCUCAGAGUCCAUGGAGUCGAUGGCCUCGGGAAGCUUGCAGAUCUUUGCCCAGACUAAGAGGGCUGCCGCUUUCAACCAGGCCGAAGUCGCCCCGAAUGCUGGGCUGCAGCGCAAGAAGCCACGGAGGAAGAAAGCCAAAUUGUGA